AUGACGAUCGACGAGAAGAAGAUGGAUUACUACAAGGAGAGGGCCGAGAUGUACGUCGGCGAGGACGUGUCUCCGGACUUCUACGCGUGGGUCUUCCCCAAGUACGACCACGUCGCCGUGGGCACGGGCACCGUCAUCGACAAGAAGGGCAUCCAGAGGUACCAGCAGGGCAUUCGCGACCGCGCAGCUCCCCGCAUCGAGGGUGGCGAGAUCAUCCGCGUGGAGGCCCACCCCAUCCCGGAGCACCCCCGCCCGUGGAGGACGAAGGGGCGCUGCACCCUGAUCGGCGACGCGGCAGGCUACGUGACCAAGUGCUCGGGCGAGGGGAUCUAUUUCGCGGGCAAGAGCGGCUUCAUGUGCGCCGAGGAGGUCGUCCGGGCCUCCGAGAACGGCACCCGCAUGAUCGACGAGAACGACCUGAAGGUUUACAUCCGCAAGUUCGACGAGCAGUAUGGCCCCACCUACAUCGUGUUGGACGCACUGCAGAAGGUUUUCUACACCUCCGACGCAGCCCGCGAGAGCUUCGUAGAACUUUGCGAGGAGGAGUACGUGCAGAAGGUCACCUUCGACUCGUACCUUUACAAGACUGUGCAGGGCAACAACCCGAUGGGCGACCUCAAGCUGGGCUGGAAGACGCUCACCAGCCUGUGGAACUACAACAAGAACCCCCCGCCCGCCAUGAGGAAGCUCGAGGUGGCGUAG